UGAAUGACCUCUCACUGAAUGAUUACAUUGCUGUCCAACCUGCCAAGCACGCCACAUAAGUUCCCCACACUGCUGGUAGGUACUCAGUCAAGCUCUUCAGGAAAGCUGAAUGUCCAAUUGUGGAGAGGCUCACAAACUUCUCCCUGAUGAUGCCCGGGAGAAACAAUGGGAAGAUAUUGAUGGCUGUCAGAAUUGUGAAACAUGCCAUGGAAAUCAUUCACCUGCUCACAGAUCAAAACCCAAUCCAAGUUAUUGUUGACGCUGUCAUCAACAGUGGUCCUCAGGAAGAUGCUACUCGUAUUGGGUCAGCUGGUGUUGUGAGGUGUCAGGCUGUUGAUAUCUCCCCCUUGCGACGUGUGAAUCAGGCAAUCUAUCUGCUGAUGACUGGUGCUAGGGAGUCAGCUUUCAGGAACAUCAAGACAAUCGCCGAGUGUCUGGCUGAUGAACUUCUUAAUGCUGCUAAGGGUUCAUCCAACAGCUAUGCCAUCAAGAAGAAAGACGAGAUAGAGAGAGUUGCCAAGUCCAACCGUUGAGUUGAAUUGCAAAGUCUCGAAGUGCGAGUAGUAGCUUUUGUUUUCAUUAUGGUUGUCUUUUCGGAACAAUGUCACUGGAUAUGCCUUUGCUUAUGAAAUUUUGAAUUGAAUUAUUCCAAUGUUAUGAAGAUUAAAGAGGAUGGUGAUG